AAUAAUAUAGGUCACGAUCGUUCAAUCGGACUCAGUAGCUCCAGUAGCUCCUGUUUGUUCAGAAGGAUUAUUGCACGAAAUCUGUUUACAUCUAUACUUUUUCACGAGUAAUAAAAUGAAGCUGAUGAUACUGAUGUCGUUAGUAGUGGUGGGGGCUGCUCCCUUCACCGGGUGGCUGGGCGGACAAAACAACGUCGGAGGAGGACUACUGGGAAAAGUUCAUCAAUUUAGCGAAAAGGUAUAUGAACGGAAACGAGAAUUCUUCAUGGGGAUCAACGAAAAAGUCUCUAACAUGUUGUGGAUCACCACAUCAACUACAACGGAGAUGUCUAAACCGAAGAAAGACACUCAAUUUGAUAGCGAAGAUCGACUCAGUUCGACUACCAGCGAUGAUGACGAACCUUAUUUGGCCAUUUACGCACGAAGCAGUUUUCUAUCGCCGGACGAUCUUAUUGAGCGAUCUCCGCAGACACAAUUUACUUCUAAAGAUACGCCUAAUGUAAACAAAAUAGAGUGAACCUGUUUGAAAAACAUUUGUCAUAGUGCUAUAAAUAAAGUCUGCUUUGCGAUGCGA